GCUGGCUGUCAUGUUUUCAUACUGUAUUGUAUUGUACCCUGUAGGCAAAAGUGCGAAAUUAUAAAAUUUAUUUGUUUUCAGUUCAACGAAAUAAAAUACAGUAUAUGACUAUAAAUGACUUGCUGUUAUAUAAUCAAAGCCAACUUACCAACUUUGUCGGUUAAAUCUGUAGAAUGCGGUGGUAGCGUCCGGGGCAGUCUGGUGCGGAUUGGCGUCCCUGUCUUUAAUAUGCUACAGUAUCUACCUCUCACAACACUACAAAGAGUUUACCAGUUAGAAUUCAAACGUCUUUUUAGUCAUAAAAUGAGUGCAAAUAGAAUAGCCGUGUGUCAGAUGACGUCGGGAGCCGAUAAAUCAGCUAACUUGCAAGUAGUUAGUCAACUAGUCAGCGAAGCUUCCAGGGAGAAUGUUCAGAUGAUGUUUUUCCCUGAAUGCUGUGACUACAUUUGUGAUAACAAAAAGGAUGUUGUGGCGCAAUCGGAGCCCUUGUUGUCAGGGUAUACGGUUGGGAAGUACAGGGAGCUGGCAGCCAAACAUGAAGUUUGGUUGUCUAUGGGAGGAGUGCAUGAGAAGGACGAAAAUAAUCCAUCUAAAAUGUACAACACUCACAUAAUAAUAGACAACAAGGGAGAUAUAGUACAGACAUACAGGAAACUCCACAUGUUCGACGUGGAGAUACCGGAGAAGGGAGUGAGAUUGAGAGAGAGUGACUUCUGUCAAGCCGGAGAGCAUAUUGUGACUCCCGUCGACACGCCCGUAGGAAGGGUUGGUAUGGCGGUGUGUUACGACAUGCGUUUCCCUGAGAUGGGCACGAGCCUCGCCGUGAUGGGCGCGGACAUACUGACGUAUCCGUCCGCGUUCACGUACGCGACCGGUGUGGCGCAUUGGCAUGUGUUGCUCAGAUCGAGAGCAAUAGAAAACCAAUGCUAUGUAGUGGCGGCCGCUCAAACAGGGCAACACAAUCCUAAACGCAAAUCGUACGGUCACGCUUUAUGUGUGGACCCUUGGGGGGUGGUGUUGGCCGACUGCAAAGAUGAAAAGGGGUUCAAAGUGGUUGAAAUUGCUCCUGACACCAUUGCCAGGGUUAGGAGGGAUAUGCCCGUGUUCAGUCAUAGACGUCGUGACGUCUACUCCCUAUAUACUUUAAGCUUACGCAAGAACCAACUACCGGAGCACUCCCCCACCGCCGGGGGCGGCCGGCCGGAGCCCGGUCCGGCGCCGGCGCCCGGUCCGGACAACGCGUUCGGACAUGUCCGUGUGCCGGACACGUGCGUGUUUUACAAGACUCGACUGAGCUACGCUUUUGUUAACCUUAGAUGUGUGAUCCCUGGCCAUGUGCUGGUGGCGCCGCUCCGCUCCGCCGAGAGGAACAACGAUCUGACUGAGGAAGAAGCCGACGAUUUUUACAAGACUAUCAGACUUGUACAGAAGUUAAUGGAGAAAGUACACGACACACAAUCGUGUACGGUGACCAUACAAGACGGCCCCGACGCAGGACAAACUGUAAAGCAUCUACAUUGCCACAUAAUGCCUCGGCGGAAGGGUGACUUCAUUCAGAACGACCUUAUUUACUUGGAGCUGGCUAAACAUGAUCAAUGGCGGGGCGGCGGCCCAAGCAAGCCGGCGAGGAGUUUAGAAGAGAUGCAAACAGAAGCCGCCAUGUUGAGGAAGGAGUUACAGAUUAUGAUGAAGAAGGACGCCAUGGCCAGCUAGUGUCGUAUCGACAGUGUCAGCUUACAUCUGGCUGUAGACAUAGAAAGUUAUAGACAGAAUGUGAAAAUAGUACGUGACCGCUUUCUCUUACCAAUUUCUUUUUAGAAUUCUUUAGAAUUAUAUAUAAUUGUAGAUUUAUAUGUAAUUAUAAUUGUAGAAUUUGUAUUUGAAAUAUCACUAUCGCUACAUAUUAUAAAACAAAUUCCUCUGCCGCAUCUGUCUGUCUGUUUGCGAUAAACUCAAAACUAUUGCACGGAUUUUCAUGCGGUAUUUCACCAAUAGGUAAUGUGAUUCUUCAACCGUGCGAAGCCGGGGCGGGCCGCUAGUAUAGUAUAAAACAAAGUCGCUUUUCCCAUCUGUCUGUUUCUAAGCUUCCUUGUAAACUACCUCAAGUUGUUAUUUCUAUAAGCCAUCUGGUGGACAUUAUUAAAAUUAUGGUCGAAGUAAAUUUAAUAAUUUAGAAAAGAUAAUAUUUUUUUAUUCUUAGAGACAUCGUGAUAUGUAGCGCAUAGGGGAAGCUUUUUUGGCAAUUUCUGUAACAUGUUUCAGACACACGGCUUUGUCUCUUACGGGGUAGACAGAGUUGCGAUACUCAAAGGCCAUGUUUAACUGUGUGGGGGGUUUAUUUAAUUAAUUGAUUGUGUAAAUGUAAUUAUUUAAUUGUGACAGGCUGCCAUAGGCUCAAAAUAUGUAUUUAUUGUUUUUAUUCAACUGUUGUAUUUUGUGAUAUUAAAAUAUAUUUUAAUAA